AUCCCCCGGCUGCGCCGCUUCUCCGGCUGCUGCUUACCGCGCCGGACGCUCGGGCUGCGGGACAGGGCGGCACUGGCCGGCCACAGCGACGCCGGCGCCGAGGGACACCGCAGUAUGAGGCAGAGAUUAACGUGACAGUGUCAGGUGGACCCACAGCCAUCCCACCUCCCCCUCUGGGGAGUGCUGAGAGUGAGGCAGCAUGGAGGAGAGGAAGCAUGAGACCAUGAACCCAGCUCAUGUCCUCUUUGACCGGUUUGUCCAGGCCACCACCUGCAAGGGAACCCUCAAGGCGUUCCAGGAGCUCUGUGACCACCUGGAACUGAAGCCAAAGGACUACCGCUCCUUCUAUCACAAGCUCAAGUCCAAGCUUAACUACUGGAAAGCCAAAGCCCUCUGGGCAAAAUUGGACAAACGGGGCAGUCACAAAGACUACAAAAAGGGAAAAGCGUGCGCUAACACCAAGUGUCUCAUCAUUGGGGCUGGCCCCUGUGGUCUCCGUACAGCCAUCGACUUAUCCUUACUGGGGGCCAAGGUGGUUGUUAUUGAGAAACGAGAUGCCUUCUCCCGCAACAACGUCUUGCAUCUCUGGCCAUUCACCAUACAUGAUCUACGAGGUCUGGGUGCCAAGAAGUUCUAUGGCAAGUUCUGUGCUGGAGCCAUCGACCAUAUCAGUAUCCGUCAGCUCCAACUAAUACUUUUGAAAGUAGCCUUGAUCCUAGGCAUUGAAAUCCACGUCAAUGUGGAAUUCCAAGGACUUAUACAGCCUCCUGAGGACCAAGAGAAUGAACGGAUAGGCUGGCGGGCACUGGUGCACCCCAAGACUCAUCCUGUGUCAGAGUAUGAAUUUGAAGUGAUCAUCGGUGGGGAUGGUCGGAGGAACACCUUGGAAGGGUUUCGUCGGAAAGAAUUCCGUGGCAAACUGGCCAUCGCCAUCACGGCAAAUUUUAUCAACCGAAAUACAACAGCAGAAGCUAAAGUGGAAGAGAUCAGUGGUGUGGCUUUUAUAUUCAACCAAAAAUUUUUCCAGGAACUGAGGGAAGCCACAGGUAUUGACUUGGAGAACAUCGUUUACUACAAAGAUGACACACACUAUUUCGUUAUGACAGCCAAAAAGCAGAGUUUGCUGGACAAAGGAGUGAUACUACAUGACUACGCCGACACAGAGCUCCUGCUUUCCCGAGAAAACGUGGACCAGGAAGCUCUGCUCAGCUAUGCCAGGGAGGCGGCAGACUUCUCUACCCAGCAGCAGCUGCCGUCUCUGGAUUUUGCCAUCAAUCACUAUGGGCAGCCCGAUGUGGCCAUGUUUGACUUCACUUGUAUGUAUGCCUCCGAGAACGCCGCCUUGGUGCGGGAGCAGAACGGACACCAGUUACUAGUGGCUCUGGUCGGGGACAGCCUCCUAGAGCCUUUCUGGCCAAUGGGAACAGGAAUAGCCCGGGGCUUUCUAGCUGCUAUGGACUCUGCCUGGAUGGUCCGAAGCUGGUCUCUAGGAACGAGCCCUUUGGAAGUGCUGGCAGAGAGGGAAAGUAUUUACAGGUUACUGCCUCAGACCACCCCUGAGAAUGUGAGUAAGAACUUCAGCCAGUACAGUAUUGACCCUGUCACUCGGUAUCCCAAUAUCAACGUCAACUUCCUCCGGCCAAGCCAGGUGCGCCAUUUAUAUGAUACUGGCGAAACAAAAGAUAUUCACCUGGAAAUGGAGAGCCUGGUGAAUUCCCGAACCACCCCCAAAUUGACUCGCAAUGAGUCUGUAGCUCGUUCAAGCAAACUGCUGGGUUGGUGCCAGAGGCAGACAGAUGGCUAUGCAGGGGUAAACGUGACAGAUCUCACCAUGUCCUGGAAAAGUGGCUUGGCCCUUUGUGCAAUUAUCCAUAGAUACCGCCCUGACCUGAUAGAUUUUGAUUCUUUGGAUGAGCAAAAUGUGGAGAAGAAUAACCAACUGGCCUUUGACAUUGCUGAGAAGGAAUUGGGCAUUUCUCCCAUCAUGACAGGCAAAGAAAUGGCCUCCGUGGGGGAGCCUGAUAAGCUGUCCAUGGUGAUGUACCUGACUCAGUUCUACGAGAUGUUUAAGGACUCCCUCCCCUCUAGCGAUACCUUAGACCUAAAUGCCGAAGAGAAAGCAGUCCUGAUAGCCAGCACCAGAUCCCCUAUCUCCUUCCUAAGCAAACUUGGCCAGACCAUCUCUCGGAAGCGUUCUCCCAAGGAUAAAAAGGAAAAGGACUUGGAUGGUGCUGGGAAGAGGAGAAAGACCAGUCAAUCAGAGGAGGAGGAAGCUCCUCGGGGCCACAGAGGAGAAAGACCGACCCUGGUGAGCACUCUGACAGACAGGAGGAUGGACGUUGCCGUUGGGAACCAAAACAAAGUGAAGUACAUGGCGACCCAGCUGCUGGCCAAAUUUGAAGAGAAUGCGCCCGCACAGUCCAUCGGCAUACGGAGACAGCUGACACAAGAGCGUGGGGCCAGCCAGCCGUCCUGCUGCCUGCCUGGGCAGGUUCGCCCUGCCCCCACCCCCCGGUGGAAACAGCAACGGGAAAAGGAGUGUUCUCGGACCUGCCCCAAAAAAGUGAUCACCCUGUCUCCUCCCCCUACUCCACCUCCCUGUCGGGCACAUGGCGGCCAGCAGACAUACAGGGAUCUUGAUGCUGACAACCGUGGCAAGCAGAGCCCCCACCAUGAGAGGCCAGAGCCUGAACCUCCUCGUCGAUUUUUUGUCGACCAGUGGGAGCUUUCUCUUAGUCUCCGCUCCUCUGCCCGCCCCGCCUCUCCCUCCUCCGACUCCCUCCGACAGAAGUAUAUAAAGAUGUACACGGGCGGAGUGAGCUCAUUGGCUGAGCAGAUAGCCAAUCAGCUUCAAAGGAAAGAACAACCCAAAGCCCUUCUAGACAAGAAGGAACUGGGCUCCAUGAAGAAGGAGUUCCCGCAGAACCUGGGAGGCAGCGACACAUGCUACUUCUGCCAGAAGCGGGUCUACGUGAUGGAGAGGCUGAGUGCCGAGGGCAAGUUCUUCCACCGGAGCUGCUUCAAGUGCGAGUACUGCGCCACCACCCUGCGCCUCUCGGCCUACGCCUACGACAUCGAGGAUGGUAAAUUCUACUGUAAGCCACACUACUGCUAUCGACUCUCUGGCUACGCACAAAGGAAGAGACCGGCAGUGGCUCCCCUGUCUGGAAAGGAGGCCAAAGGACCCCUGCAGGAUGGCGCCACCACAGAUGCAAACGGACGGGCCAACGCCGUGGCCAGCUCCACUGAGAGAACCCCAGGUUCAGGCGUGAACGGCCUGGAGGAGCCCAGCAUCGCCAAGCGACUGAGGGGCACCCCAGAGCGGAUCGAGCUGGAGAACUACCGCCUGUCCCUGAGGCAGGCUGAGGCACUGCAGGAGGUACCGGAGGAGACUCAGGCCGAGCACAACCUGAGCAGCGUGCUGGACACGGGCGCCGAGGAGGACGUCGCCAGCAGUAGUUCCGAGUCUGAGAUGGAGGAGGAGGAAGAGGAGGAGGAGGAGGAGCCUCGCCUGCCCCCAUCUGACCUGGGUGGUGUUCCGUGGAAGGAGGCCGUGCGGAUCCAUGCCCUUCUGAAAGGGAAAAGUGAAGAGGAGCUAGAGGCCUCGAAGAGCUUUGGGCCUGGGAAUGAAGAGGAGGAGGAGGAGGAAGAAUAUGAAGAGGAGGAGGACUAUGACGAGGAGGAGGAAGAGUCCAGUGAAGCCGGGAACCAGAGGCUCCAGCAGGUCAUGCACGCGGCGGAUCCUCUGGAGAUCCAGGCUGACGUGCACUGGACUCAUAUCCGUGAGAGAGAGGAGGAAGAGAGGAUGGCGCCGGCCUCUGAGUCCUCUGCUUCCGGAGCCCCAUUGGAUGAGAAUGACCUAGAGGAAGAUGUGGACUCAGAACCAGCCGAGAUAGAAGGGGAGGCAGCAGAGGAUGGGGACCCAGGGGACACUGGUGCUGAGCUGGAUGAUGAUCAGCACUGGUCUGACAGCCCGUCGGAUGCUGACAGAGAGCUGCAUUUGCCGUGCCCAGCUGAGGGGGAAGCAGAGCUGGAGCUGAGGGUGUCGGAAGAUGAGGAGAAGCUGCCCGCCUCACCAAAGCACCAAGAGAGAGGUCCCUCCCAAGCCACCAGCCCCAUCCGGUCUCCCCAGGAAUCAGCUCUUCUGUUCAUUCCAGUCCACAGCCCCUCAACAGAGGGGCCCCAACUCCCACCUGUCCCUGCCGCCACCCAGGAGAAAUCACCUGAGGAGCGCCUUUUCCCUGAGCCUUUGCUCCCCAAAGAGAAGCCCAAAGCUGAUGCCCCCUCGGAUCUGAAAGCUGUGCACUCUCCCAUCCGAUCGCAGCCAGUGACCCUGCCAGAAGCUAGGACUCCUGUCUCACCAGGGAGCCCGCAGCCCCGGCCACCCGUGGCGGCCUCCACGCCCCCACCCAGCCCACUCCCCAUCUGCUCCCAGCCCCAGCCUUCCACCGAGGCCACUGUCCCAUCCCCUACCCAGUCCCCCAUACGCUUCCAGCCUGCCCCGGCCAAAACAUCCACCCCACUGGCCCCUCUCCCUGUCCAAAGCCAAAGUGACACCAAGGACAGACUGGGCAGCCCCCUUGCUGUGGACGAGGCCCUCAGACGGAGCGACCUGGUGGAGGAGUUCUGGAUGAAGAGUGCGGAGAUCCGCCGCAGCCUCGGGCUCACACCUGUGGACCGCAGCAAGGGGCCCGAGCCCAGCUUCCCCACGCCUGCCUUCAGGCCAGUGUCCCUCAAAUCCUAUUCCGUUGAAAAGUCCCCCCAGGAUGAGGGACUCCACCUUCUCAAGCCUCUGUCUAUCCCCAAAAGGCUGGGCCUGCCAAAGCCGGAGGGCGAGCCGUUGUCCCUGCCAACCCCCCGGUCCCCGUCCGAUAGAGAGCUACGCAGCGCCCAGGAGGAGCGCAGGGAGCUGUCCAGCAGCUCUGGCCUGGGCCUGCACGGGAGCUCCUCCAACAUGAAGACACUGGGCAGCCAGAGCUUCAACACCUCGGACUCCGCCAUGCUCACGCCCCCCUCCAGCCCGCCCCCGCCGCCGCCCCCGGGCGAGGAGCCCGCCACCUUGCGGAGGAAGCUCAGGGAGGCCGAGCCCAACGCCUCGGUGGUCCCGCCGCCCUUGCCCGCCACCUGGAUGCGGCCCCCCCGGGAGCCUGCUCAGCCCCCCAGAGAGGAGGUGCGGAAGUCGUUUGUGGAGAGCGUGGAGGAGAUUCCCUUUGCUGAUGAUGUGGAGGACACCUAUGACGACAAGACUGAGGACUCAAGCCUGCAGGAGAAAUUCUUCACGCCCCCGUCCUGCUGGCCGCGCCCCGAGAAGCCUCGCCACCCGCCCCUGGCCAAGGAGAACGGGAGGCUGCCUGCUCUGGAGGGGACGCUGCAGCCACAGAAGAGGGGGCUGCCCUUGGUGUCCGCGGAAGCCAAGGAGUUGGCCGAGGAGCGCAUGCGAGCCAGGGAGAAGUCCGUGAAGAGCCAGGCGCUGCGGGACGCCAUGGCCAGGCAGCUGAGCAGGAUGCAGCAGAUGGAGCUGGCCUCAGGCGCCCCCAGGCCCCGCAAGGCGUCCUCAGCACCCUCCCAGGGCAAGGAGCGCCGGCCUGACUCCCCCACACGCCCCACUCUCAGGGGCUCCGAGGAGCCCACCCUGAAGCAUGAAGCCACCAGCGAGGAGGUCCUCUCCCCGCCGUCGGACUCAGGGGGCCCAGAUGGCUCUUUCACUUCAUCCGAGGGCUCCAGUGGGAAGAGCAAGAAAAGGUCGUCACUCUUCUCCCCCCGCAGAAACAAGAAGGAGAAGAAGUCCAAAGGCGAGGGCCGGCCCCCGGAGAAGCCCAGCUCCAACCUCCUGGAGGAAGCCGCCGCCAAACCCAAGUCCCUGUGGAAGUCCGUCUUCUCUGGGUACAAGAAGGACAAGAAGAAGAAGGCCGACGACAAGUCCUGCCCCAGCACCCCCUCCAGCGGGGCCACGGUGGACUCUGGAAAGCACAGGGUGCUUCCCGUCGUAAGGGCAGAGCUGCAGCUCCGGCGCCAGCUGAGCUUCUCCGAGGACUCAGACCUCUCCAGCGACGAUGUCCUUGAGAAGUCCUCACAGAAGUCCCGGCGAGAGUCGAUUUAUGUACCACACGCCUUGGCAUUCAGGAGAUCAUGUGCAUCAAAGCCAAGAACCUACACAGAGGAGGAACUGAAUGCCAAGCUGACCCGGCGUGUGCAAAAGGCAGCUCGGAGACAGGCCAAGCAGGAGGAGCUUAAGCGGCUGCAUCGAGCCCAGAUCAUCCAGCGGCAGCUGCAGCAGGUGGAGGAGAGGCAGCGGCGGCUGGAGGAGAGGGGCGUGGCCGUGGAGAAGGCGCUCCGGGGCGAAGCAGUUGAGCCCAGUGGCGGGACUCCACGACGUAGACCUCUCUCCUUCUGCCCUUGCUGUGUCCAGGAAGGCAUGGGCAAGAAGGACGACCCCAAGCUGAUGCAGGAGUGGUUCAAGCUAGUGCAGGAGAAGAACGCCAUGGUGCGCUACGAGUCGGAGCUGAUGAUCUUUGCCCGGGAGCUGGAGCUGGAAGACCGGCAGAGUCGACUGCAGCAGGAGCUCCGGGAACGCAUGGCAGUGGAAGAUCACCUUAAGACUGAGGAGGAGCUGUCAGAAGAGAAGCAGAUUCUCAAUGAGAUGCUGGAGGUGGUGGAGCAGAGAGACUCACUGGUGGCGCUGCUGGAGGAGCAGCGGCUCCGGGAGAGAGAGGAGGACAAGGACCUGGAGGCUGCCAUGUUGUCCAAGGGCUUCAGCCUUAACUGGUCCUGAGCUCCCACCCAACGCUCCAUUUUCUGUUGGCAUCCGCCUGGCCAGGCAGUGGCAUCCAAACCACCCGGAGCCUCGAUCUGAGGAGGCCUGGCACCUCCUUGGAGUUUAUGCUCAGAUGCCCGUGUGCUGCUUGGAAAGUGGUCGAGUCCCGCGUGCAGUGGGGAGCCCCAGGUGACAGUGGUUAUCUGAGACGGCUCCACCUCCUGGGAGGAGGCCCACCUGGACCUCCCACUCAGAGGAGGAGCACGGCGUGUAUGGCAUGACGCAGGGGACCACCCCGCGCGCUCCCUGAGGAUGUGCUGGCUGUGCCCCUUUUUUCCACUGGCACAUUUGGUAAGAGAGGGAAGCUGCUCCCCGUCAGAACCACAGUGCGCCGUGCGAGGGGCACUGUCUUCUUCAUGCUCCCUGGAGCACCACCAAAGAAACGUAAACAAUACCCCAUGAAAGCAGGGUCAGGGGUCAGGGUGCGAUCGAGACCCAGGAUGGGGGCGUCCAGUCAUGCCCACCCCAGCAUCACAGGAGACAUGGAGGUGCGGGCAGGCUCCUGAAUUAUUAUGCAAAUUAGGAGGACGCAGGAGGGGUCUGCCCUCCAGCCGAACACCACACACUGGACCCUAAGUGGCCAAAUGCCUGGGCCGCUUGCUGGCUGUGGCCUGAGGCUUGUGGGUUGCUGCAUUUUGCUUGUAGUUCACAACCAUUUUGACACUGGAAAAUGCUGACUUUGGGGGACAGGAUGAGGCCCUACAUUCUAAGCCCCCAGUUGGCAGACAGGCAUUGUCCCUGUUCCACAUUUAUGUCGGGACAGGAGAUGACCUUUUCCUCCGUGUUUUUCCUGUGUUUGCACAUUGAAAUGAAGCUGACAACCUGGCAAGACGCUCAGCCGCUUCAAACCCUUUUUGUCAAUUAACUUAUUUUUUAAUACUUGAAAAGAAGUAACUUCGUUUGUAUAUCUUUACUAGAGGAACUGAUCACCUGCGCCCGGGUGCGGGAGCCACAGCGGCAUCUGGUGCGUCCUACGCGACCUGGUCCGGGGCUGCCCGGCGCUCGUCACGUGCAUCUAUUUAUUAGCCUUUCUCUUCGUAUCACUGGCCUGGCUGGCAUCAGGGAGCUGCCCAGAACCCCUGCGUGGGUCCUCCUCACAGCUUUCUGUCCCCUCCUCCACCCGGUGCCUGCCUCACCCUGGCGCUAGACCAUCUGGACCACUCGUGAUGAGGGUGCAUUUCCGUUCUGUUUUGGGCCAGGCCAACAGCAGAGCUGCCACUCUCACCCUCCCAAUGAGAAUUCCGGCUCCGCAGAACUCGCCCUUGUCUCAGUUUGGGGGCCAGGGCAUCACCUUCCUUCGCACAUAUGUUAAAGAAGGUUUCAGCAUGGGCCCUCAUCCACACAGGCCAAGAGGGUGCAAGGUGGGACCCUGGAAUCAUGUGGCUGGUGAGAAUUCCCUCCUCCCAGCCUAAGAUUCACCCAGACGGAAACGUGAGUGCUGCAGUGGAUGCUGGGAUGCAGGCUGGUGCCUCUCAAGCAGAUCAGCGACUCCCGCCCUUCCUUCCGAAGGCGACGGGCACCUGCCUUGUGCCGGAUCUUCAUGGGGACGUAAAGGGCGAGCCCCGAAUCACUAGCUCCUAUAGCCAAACCGUUCCUUUCUCACGGUUCCGCACCAGCCUGGCUGUGUACAGCUCAUCAAGCCAUUGAGCUAAUCGGGGUGGGGUGCUUGUCCAUCAAAGCAGUUAGCACAUAGCCCAGUGAGGAGCCAUCCGGACCAGACCCGCCUGCCAGGGCGCUCCAGCCGCCUGCCGCCUCCGUGGGCUGGGGCCAGCUGGGAGCAGAGGCCUGGCCCCUCCAAGGUGUCCCGCAGUGGAGCAGGCUGAGUGGCUGCGCUGACCACACUGUGCCUCAACUUGAACAUUCAUCCCAGCUGCAAAGGAGCAAAGAACCUGUGUCAUCCUUGUCUGUCCAGAAGCUGCCAUCUCUCUCCCAUGCACAUCCGGGAGAUAACGCCGCUAGUGGCCGCCACAGCGCUGAUUCUCCACCUGUUCUCACGUGAGGCAAAGGUCUCCUUUUCUUUUCUCUUUACUUAAAAAAGGGGAGAGGAGGGUUUCUAGAUUCCAUCUUCAAACCCCAGUCGUCCCGUAAAAUUGGACGUGGGAAAAGACCUUCACUGCCUGCGUGGCCUUUCCCAGACCUCUCCUCGAAUGCCACAAAACCGGUCCAGCCCCGGCAGAGCUGCCUUCGGCCCUUGUAGCUCCUGCUGGCCCCACAACAGGGAAACAGUUUGCAAAGUGGCUUGGAAGGAGUGUGGCCUAGGGAUCUGCUAUAAGUGGCGAGACGUAGCAGGAGAGCCCAGUGUCACCUUCUGGUCCUGGUCAGCCUUAACACUGUGGCAUCCUCCACAGCACACACGGCAGCCUGCAGUCUGGAAGGCGGACCCGAGCCUUUGCAGAGAGGCGCCACAGAGCCGCAGGCCUGCACAGCAGCCCCAGCCUUCUGCUCCCGACUGUGAGGACACCCAGUUCUAGUAGAGCACUUUUUUUAAAGCUCCCAUUUUGUAACCACUAGUUUGCGGUUGACUUGAGUACUCUGGUGACUUCCUGCGUCAAGCGUUCUCAAGCUGUGAGAAUGUGCGCAGCUCCAGGCAGGUUUUCUCUCGGAGAGUUAAGUCUUCCCUUGAAGGCAGGGAAGCAGGAUGGAUACACAUAUAUCACAUGCAUAAAACACCAGGCGCGGGAGCAGCCCAGACUCAAGGCUGACUAAACUGGAGGCUGAAUACCGUGGAGUCCACAUGCAGCUUCCCUGGAGGGCAGGCCGGAGGCACUCCCGCCCCUGGGCUUGAGGAUGCUGCACCCCGUGGGCUUCCAGGCCUGCCCAGAUGAUGCCUUCAGGCCUCUGCCCCUGGCGGCCAUCCUCAGGCCGAUUUUGACCAGCAAUGAUAGACUCUUCUUAACCCUUUCAAAAUAAAUUUUUCAGUGGGACAGAAAGGAGAGUUAAAAAACAUUUUUUUAAAGGUGGUAACAUCUGACCCACAAAGGGAUUGGGUCUGUUUUAUGCAAAAUAAAAGUUUUUCAAAUAAA